CAAAUAACAUAUGACUAGCAGGGCGUUUUUUACCUGCUUUCUUUAAUUAAAAAGUAAAUUUAUUGAGUUUUGAAAAUAAAUAAAUGUUGGCGAGAAGACAGUGAUUUUGUUCAAAAAAAAACAUUUUUUCAUUUUGAUAUAAAAUUAUCGCGCCUCUUGUCACGAAUAGUCGUCAUGAAAAAUGAAAAUGACUCACCAGCCAGGCAGAGUCAUCAAAGAAGUGUGGCUCGGUCAACGUGCAACAACCAUCAUAACAUCAACAACAAUGACAACACUAACAACUGCAACAACAACAUCAACAUCAAUAACAACAUCAACAACAACAACGUCGAAAACAGCAGCAGCAGCAGUUUCAGCUUCAGCAGCAACGUACCGGUAACCACUAACAAACUCAACAACAAUGUCAUAGGAAAAUAUUUUUCAUGCAACAUUCCAAAGCUCCCAGGUUCCUUCAACUGCAGAACAAGAUACGGCAGUGUUCCUAAUUUGAAAGUAUCUUCUGAAGGCUGUGGAGACAAUCACUCCAUCUAUCUACCGCUAUCUGUUCGCCACAGUGGUCCUGGCCAGUUGUAUGACGGCGAGGAUGACAACGAGGAUGUGCAAGUAGAUGAACCUGGUGAUGAUGGUGGUGGUUUGUUGAACAAUCUCAGAGAUGAACGUGUCGGUAGAUUUCAUGAUGCAACAAACAGGAUGAUCCCUCGCUGUUUCAAUAGGUUGUUUGGUGUUCAGGAUCAAUCCAUCCAACCGAUCCCAUCUCAACCUCUGCCGACCGUACACUCAAGACGUGAUGUAAAUGUUGACUCGAUUGAGGCAUCAUCCAACUUUCAGAUUUCGAACUCACGUGGAAUGAUCGAACAGACGUCAGAACAACCCUGCAGAAUUCCAACAUCUAACAGAUUAUCAUCGUCGUCGUCGUCCUCAUCUUCAUCAGGGAGGCGGAGGAGGUUUUCGAACCCUGACAGUACGAUUUCAAGUAUCAUAAGUGGCGUGACUUCAAACAGCAGCAGUACACAGGGCGACAAUUGGUACUACUACGACCGCAGAUUACAAAACAAUAACUUUAGAGUUAGAAUCAACUUGUACUCCGCUAUUUUUAGGUUUUACUCAGGCGUCAACCGGAGGAACUGCAUACCUUCGCCACCACCUUCAUACGAAGAAUCCACCUCCUCAACCUACCAACACAGCGUUGCCAACGUAAACCAACUAAACAACAACAACAGCAGCAGCAGCAACAACAGCAACAACAACGGAAACAGUCAUCAAAUAACGGACGACACGACCAACCAAUCACCUCCAGCCGAUGACGAUUUGACUCCACCCCCUCCUUACAUUGAAAGACCACCCGCGUACGCUGAUGUGGUCAGCAACGAGUCCAACAUGAAUAAUUUAUUACCUGAAAAUAAUUUUACCGACGGUUCAAGUAACGGUUUUCCGAAUAUUUAUGAUUUUUCGCUAGUCCGAUCGAACCGUUUUUCACCUAAUAAUUUUGGAUUCGAUUUUUGGGGUUUUGGUAAUAGAAGUAGCAACUCGGAUACGAACAGUGCAAGGGAUUUCAUGCUCCCACCUUUUUCCAAUAACAGAUCGCUAAACUUCCAGGGUGGUGUCAGACCGGCCAUCCGUUGGAACGUGCAUUCCAGGAUUGAUAGGUGGGCCUCCGCUGACGGCAAUGCUUGGAUCCGAUCCUGACCCGAUGGCAAUGCUUGCAUUCGAUCCUCAUCACCUGCGAUCAACCAAUCAAAACUGCUGUUCACAAUGCGCUUGUCGAUAAUUGAAAUGAGAUUUUUAAAUAAAUAAAUAUAUAUAUAUAUUCGUAUAUAAACUUCAGUUAUUUGUUAGUAGUAGUAAAAUAUUGGUUUUAUUUUUUUGAUUUUUAAUAUCCUGAUAUCUAGAUCAAAAUUGUAAAAUGAUUUUUUACCUAUAUGAAGGUUUUAAUGUAUUUGUAUUUAUUAUCGUUGUGUGACGUUCAUUGAACAUCAUGAACGAGAAAUAAAAUAACAACAACAACAACAACAACAACAGAUAAUAAUAUUAAUACCAAACAAA